AUGUCCGACGCAUUUGAUGAAGACGCAUUCAAUGACGAAACCUUCAGUGAUGAUGAGGAGUUCGAUGACGAUGUGUUCAAUGACGAUGUGUUCAAUGACGAUGUGUUCAAUGACGAGGACGCGUUCAGUGGCAAGGUGUUCAGCGACAAGGGGUUCAGUGGCAAGGUGUUCAGUGACAAAGUGUUCAAAGACAUACUCAGCUUUAUUCCAUUCUCGCCAUCCGGCCGCACGCUAUCCAGCUUACUGCCGUCGUCCAGCUUGCCACUGUCCGUACUGCAGUUGCUACUAAAGGGACCGGGGUUCACCGUACUGGAGGUCGUGGUAUCGAGCAGCUCCGGCGGAGGGGGAGGGGGCUGCCCCAGCCUGUGA